AUGCCAAAUGGCAAUGUUCAAUUAGGCAACAAAGAGUCGGUCAACAAUUACGUUGACUCACUUAUGGAAACCACCGUUACAAAAACGGAGCAAUUUCUCAAUAAUGUUGUUGAAAAACGUCUAAUUGAUCCCGCAGCUGACGCAUUUGUUAAAGAUUGUCUUUUAGUAUGCAAAGAAGUGUACGAAAACGCAGUCGAUGCGAUGAAAAAAACAAUGGUAGAUGUUGAUAGUGGAGCUUAUUAUAGUGCAAAUGUUGACCUUAGUGCAUUGUCUACUGAUUUAGAAACUUGCAUGGAUUGUGUUAAAGAAAUUUAUGGUGAUGAUCAAGAAUUUAUUAAAUUUGAUGAUUGGGCAGGAAAAGUUACUGUUGAUGCCAUGGAAAAGAUUGUGGGCUUUAGCAGUUAA